AUGAAGGCAGCCAAGAAACUGCCGUUGACAGAUGAGUGCCACCACUGGCGCAAGAUAGGCGAAGUUCCCUGGGAUCUGCAAAAAUACUGGCAGCAACGCCACACGAUAUUCUCGUAUUACAAUGAGGGUGUCUACAUGACCCAUGAUGCCUGGUACGGCGUAACGCCAGAGCCUGUCGCAAACCAGAUCGCCUGGGAGCUGCCAAAGACGGUAUCAGAUGACAAGACGGUCAUAAUCGAUCUAUUUGCCGGCGUCGGGGCCAAUGCUAUCGCGUUCGCGCUCUCGGAAAGGUGGGAGAGGGUGAUCGCCAUCGAAAAGGACCCCUCGACACUGGCCUGCGCCCAGCACAACGCCGAGUUGUAUGGCGUGUCCGAAUACAUUACCUGGAUCAACGGCGAUAACUUCGAAUACAUGAAGCUGCUAAACUCGUCUCCCUCAAGCCUAGAAGAUGCGAUCAAGGUCGACGUUGAUAAGACAGUGCUUUUCGGUUCGCCGCCCUGGGGAGGACCCGGGUACUCUACGGAUGAGAUCUUUGACUUGAGUACCAUGGAGCCAUACAACCUAGCCACGAUGCAUGAAGCGUACCGCAGUAUGGAUCAUGCGCUCUUCCUCCCGCGGACAAGUGACCUGAGACAAAUUGCGCAGCUCGCGCCGAAAGGAACCAAAAUUGAAGUUGUGCAGUACUGUGUUGAGGGAGCAAGCAAGGCCAUGGUUGCUUAUAUCCCUGGGGCAAUCCAACCUGGCGGACAAACGACGGCAGUCGAUCCGAAAGAAACUGAAAACACCUAG